GAUGGCAUUGGUUUACUUUGCAAUUGGAAUACCCUACAUACACUAUUGGCAACAUGACAAACGUAACGUGAAUAUAGGGUUUGGGAUUCUGUACGGCUUGACCUUCUUUUUUGCCAAUUUUGGACCCAACACAACCACGUUCAUAGUUCCAGCGGAGCUGUUUCCGGCAAGAUUCAGAUCGACGUGUCACGGGAUCUCCGGAGCCAUGGGAAAAGUGGGUGCGAUUAUUGGGACUAUUGGGUUUGCAUGGGCAUCAAAGAACCGUCCGGACUCGCACGACGAUCCCCAUCCUGGUAGGAUGACAUGGGCAUUAGUGUCCUUGGGGGUCAUGUGUCUUUUGGGUGCGGCAGUGACGUAUUUCUUCGGGCGGGAAACCAGAGGUAGAUCCCUAGAGGAUAAUGAGACCGACAAUGAGAUGGACGGUGAGAUGGACGGUGAGAUGGACAAUUAAGAUCAUGGCCAUAUGGAAUUGUGUAUUUGUGUGCCCAAGUACACAAUUCAAUUUCUCCAAACACGUAGUGCACUGGGAGAAAGUACCAAGAAAUUGCAACAAGCAUG